GGCGGGGAAUUGCUGUUGGUACCGUCACGAGUCUUUCCAUCUUCUUCUCCAUAGUUGAUUUCUAAGCUUCCUGGCUAGUUGGCUUAUGAAUCAAUUACAAUUACCCAGGCAUAUAAAAGGCAUGACGAAAAUAUCGAUCAACUCACCUUUGACUAGUAAUCAUGUCUGCCACAACGAACGUCUUUAUCACCGGUGCAACCGGAUAUAUCGGAGGUGCUGUCCUUGAGCUGCUUCUCGAGCACCCUACAUCGUCGUCGUCGCAGUUCACCGCCCUUGUGCGCUCUCCUGAAAAAGCACAGAAGCUUGAAGCUAUCGGUGUUCAUGCCGUUGUGGGAUCCAAUUCUGAUCUCGACAAGUUAGAGCAACUUGCCUCCGAGUCUGAUGUGAUAUUUGCUUGUGCGGACGCUGAUGAUGAACCAGCAACCAAGGCUAUUUUGGCUGGGCUGAAGAAUCACUAUAAAUCUACAGGAACAGCUCCUAUUCUGAUCCACACUUCCGGUACUGGCGUUCUGACGGAUAAGGCUGCUGGAAAAUAUGCUUAUGAUACCAUUUACGACGACACAGAUGUCGAACAAUUGGAGACUCUUCCAGACACGCAGCUUCACAGAAAUGUUGAUCUUUUGGUUAUCGAGGCUGAUAAACAAGGAUACGCACGCACGCACAUUGUACUUCCCUCUACUAUCUAUGCCCUUGCGACUGGUAAACUUGUCCAGCUUGGCAUUCAGAAUCCAAAAUCUAGACAGAUUCCGUAUCUUAUACGGAUUGGUCUGAAGCGUGGACAAGGUGCCAUUCUUGGUGAGGGCAAAAACCGAUGGCCUAAUGUCCACAUUGAUGAUAUCGCUUCCUUAUAUAUUGUGUUAUACGAAGCCAUCUUGGCUGGUAAGGCAGGGCACGGACGUGAAGGCUUGUACUUUGGGGAGAACGGCGAACACUUGUUGUACGACGUCAGCAAAGCGGUUGCCGAAGCACUUUAUGAGCUUGGCAAAGGCAGGAGCCCGGAGCCCACAAUGGUGACUGAGGAAGAGCUGAAGGUUGAUCCUAGGACUAUAUACUUAGGCACCAACUCCCGUUGCCGCGCCAGUAGGGCACGAGCUCUUGGCUGGAAGCCAAAAUAUACUACGAAAGACCUGCUUGCCAGUAUUAAGCCCGAGGUGGAGGCUAUAUUAAAGGAAUAAAUGUGAUUGUGAGUUUGCGUCUGCUAGUUGGUCUAUGCUUUUGAAUUGCGUUGGUUUGAGUGUCAAGGAGUAAUUGUGUGUAUAUGGUUCAAGUUUGAUAUUGUUGUGACACUAAGUAUUUGUCUGUUAUACUACAAAGUUAUGCAUGAUCAUGUAUUCUCUUUGGCCUUUGGAAUAAAGUGAUAUAGAUGCACUUUGUUGAAUCAUUUUUCAAUUUGAUCUACUGAACAGACUACAAU